GCUCCUGGCUGGGGUCACAUGCGCCCAGGGCUCGCCUUGGCCGACCCGCACCACCAAACACCAACAUGAGCACCACCAACUAGGUCAAGUAAGCGACAGUUUGCACACAGAGAGCGACAGUUUACACACAGAGAGCGACAGUUUACACACAGAGAGCGACAGAGAUGACGUAGUGAGCGAGCGCACUACGCUAGAGCUCUACAGAGUGCCACCCACAACAGGCGGCGAAGUUGACACCACGAUAUCUGAAUCCAGGAACCAGCCAGUGGUGGAGCGACAGGUGGCGUUUCCUGGUGACGACCAGAGGUACCAGUUAUCUCACUCUGAGACACGACCAGUGGUGCGACGAGGGCUCGGGGCGAGGCGACGACGACUCUUGAACCCCGAACGACGUCGCCAGUUGAGGCUGAGACGACAAAAACUGGGUCUUCCCAUCAUAAAGAGAGCCAGGAACAGGCACCAGCUCCCAGAGAAACAGACUCAGGACACUGACUAUUCCUCGGCCGGCAUAGACCCAACAGAACCCACCACCAGCAUCUCCACCAGUACCUCCUCCUCAAUUUCCUUCUCCAGUGUUUCAUCCUCCAGCAGCACCACCACCUCCAGGUCCGCGUUUCCCUCCUUCAGAGCCGCAGCCAAGCUUCGACAGCGAGUUAAAAAGAUUAGAGGCGGUUGGGGAAUGAAGACCAGUGCUGAGGUCGACGGGUCGGAAACCACCGAGGACGAAUCACAUGAACUGGAAUCGAUCUUGCCAGUUAGGAGAAGACUUGCAGAGCGAAGAAGAGGUCUUCCCAAGGUCUUAAAACGACCUCUACCUAUGAGACUCUCACCCACGCCUGUUCCUUCGUCCACGACGACUUCGACGCCCACGGAGGCCCCCAAAGAAGAAAAGAGACUGCGCCAUCUUCCGGAGCGUGGAAGCAAGAAAUUGAGAUUGAAGGUGAAGACCACGACUGUUCGCAGUCCUUCGUAUGAACCGUUCGUCUCCGAAACUGAACGACCAUCUAACGAACAUAAUUCGGCAGUCUAUGAACAUGAGCCACAAUCCUCUGAUGAUAAUUCUCCUGUGUAUAAUCCUGAAGCUCCAUUCCUCAAUAAUAACUCGCCUGUUUAUAAUUCCGAACGACCGUACCAUAAAGACGACUUACUUAUUUACGAACCUAGUUAUACGCCGAUGCCCAAGAAAGUAGUACUCGAACCAUUGGCUACGACGUCUCGUACACAGCACGAACCAGCAUACACUCGUCGAAACAUAUACGACCAAGUCCCAGUGCUAACUUCUAAUGCUAAAUAUGCUUCAGUAUCACUCAACAGUCCAGACGUGAUCUAUUCCCCAGAUCCGGUCUUUUCUCCAGAGGCAGUGAAGACUCCAGACUCUGCACCGGGUUCAGACGAGGCCUCAGAAGAAGGGUACAACGACAGCGAGGAGUACACAGACAGCGUCGAGGACAAGCCUGGGGUAAGUUGAACCAAGCUGUACUCCGCUCCU